UGGACAUAUAAUCAAAUUUUUUAACAAGUGUGAUCCACCCCGUCCUUUCUCUCUCUGUCUGGUUAAGUAUCAAGUGAGGAGAGCAAACGGAAUGGAAAAAGGCGGCAAUGGAGCUUCAUCAACUACGGUCGAUCCCUCCAAGCCGCCAUCACUGACCUGGAAACGCAAGCUCGAUUUCACCGGAAAAUCUCCAGAGUCUUUCUCUUUCACUCUCACCGAUGCUUGGCAUCUGGGCUCGUUAGGCUACAGAUUAUGGCGUCACGGCAAGGAAGAAACCGCUAAAGGAAGAAUUCCGGUUUACGAAUUCUUUUCUGAUCAACCAAUCACAUGCUACCAUGGCGUUUCGUUAGGUGGAAUAGGUGCAGGAAGCAUCGGGCGGAGUUACCGAGGAGAGUUUCAACGCUUUCAAAUGUUCUAUGGACCGUGUGAAGAUGAACCAGUUUUAGCCAAUCAAUUCUCUGUGUUUGUUUCACGCCCAAAUGGAAACAAAUUCUCAUCUGUAUUAUGCUUUGCCAAACCACAAAAAUCCAAAGAUGGAAAGCAGGAUGGCAUAGAAUCAUGGGAUUGGAAUUUGAGUGGAGCAAAUAGUACAUACCAUGCUUUGUUUCCGAGGUCUUGGACAAUAUACGAUGGUGAACCGGACCCGGAUCUUAAGAUUGUUUGUCGUCAAAUUUCGCCAUUUAUUCCUCACAAUUACAAGGAGAGCAGUUUCCCAGUCUCAGUAUUUACAUUCAAUCUAUCUAAUGAAGGUCAAACUUCUGCACAAGUCACUUUGCUGUUUACUUGGGCUAACUCAGUGGGUGGAAAAUCUGGAUUUACUGGCCAUCACUUUAACUCAAAGAUGGGGGCAGAAGAUGGAGCUCAUGGAGUCCUUUUACACCACAAAACCACGAAAGGGCGACCAACUGUAACGUAUGCUAUUGCAGCAGAGGAAACUGAUGAUGUUCACAUCUCAGUCUGUCCUUGCUUUGUAAUAUCCGGUGAUUCCGAGGGCAUUUCAGCAAAAGAUAUGUGGCAAGAAAUUAAAAAUCAUGGAUCGUUUGACAAGCUUGGGAGCGUUGGGCAAUACGAGGGUUCAAAGCCAGGCUCUAGUAUUGGAGCAGCUGUAGCAGCCACGUUGACCAUUCCUUCUUCAGUUGCCCGUACGGUCACUUUCUCAUUGGCAUGGGACUGCCCGGAAGUUAAAUUCGAUGGAAAGACCUACCACAGGCGUUAUAGUAAAUUCUAUGGAACUCUUGGAGAUGCAGCUAAAAUUAUAGCACGUGAUGCAAUAUUAGAGCAUGGAAAAUGGGAGGCCCAGAUAGAAGCAUGGCAAAGGCCAAUCAUUGAAGACAAAAGGCUACCAGAAUGGUACCCUGUCACUCUAUUGAAUGAGCUGUAUUUCUUGAAUGCUGGUGGAACAAUUUGGACAGACGGCUUACCUCCGCUGCAAAACCUAUCGACCAUAACCCAUCAAAAAUACUUCCUCGAAAGAUCAAAAUCGGAGCCCAAUGGCGGAGCACUCAACGGCGACCACCGCAAGGAUGUCGCCGUCGACAUUCUCGAGAGAAUGUCUCAGAUUUUCGAUCAAACCCACGGCGGCGCCGGACCUUCAAACGCCGCACUCGGAACCAGACUUCUUCAUCCCGGAGAAGAAAACGUCGGCAACUUACUUCUUGUCGAAGGAAGCCAAUACCUAAUGUGGAAUACUUACGAUGUCCAUUUCUACUCCUCUUUUGCUCUCGUUAUGCUUUUCCCCAAACUUGAACUCAGCAUUCAGAGGGAUUUCGCCGCGGCUGUACUGAUGCACGAUCCCAGAAAGGCCAAGAUCAUGAGCGACGGAAAUUGGGUUCCUCGGAAAGUUCUUGGAGCUGUCCCUCACGAUGUUGGGUUCAAUGAUCCUUGGUUUGAAGUCAAUGCUUACAACCUUUUGAAUGUCACCAGAUGGAAGGAUUUGGGUUCCAAAUUUGUUCUUCAGGUUUACAGAGAUGUGGUUGCUACAGGGGAUAAGAAUUUUGCUCAAUCUGUUUGGCCUUCGGUGUAUGUGGCCUUAGCUUUUAUGGAGCAAUUUGAUAAGGAUAAAGAUGGGAUGAUUGAGAAUGAGGGGUUCCCUGAUCAGACUUAUGAUACUUGGACUGUGAAGGGUGUGAGUGCGUAUUGCGGUGGCUUGUGGGUGGCUGCUCUUCAGGCAGCUUCAGCAUUGGCUUCUGAGGUUGAUGAUGAAGCCGCUGCUCAUUACUUUUGGACCAAGUAUCAGAAGGCCAAAAGUGUUUAUGACACGUUAUGGAAUGGCUCCUACUUCAACUAUGACAACAGUAAGGGUCCUUGGAGUUCGUCUAUUCAAGCUGAUCAACUGGCUGGACAAUGGUAUGCUAGAGCAUGUGGGCUUUGUCCCGUUGCUGAUGAAGAGAAGAUAAGGAGUGCACUUGAGAAGAUUUACAAUUUCAAUGUGAUGAAGGUGAAGGGAGGAACACGAGGGGCAGUGAAUGGAAUGUUUCCAGAUGGAAGGGUUGAUAAAUCGAUAUUGCAGCCAAAGGAGAUUUGGCCUGGAGUUACAUACUCUGUUGCUGCCUCUAUGAUUCAAGAAGGAUUGGUUGAAACCGGGUUCCAGACUGCAAUGGGCAUUCAUCAAGCGGCUUGGGCACAAGAUGGCCUCGGGUAUUCAUUUCAAACCCCAGAAGCUUGGGAUGUUGAUGAUAGAUAUAGAUCAAUAGGGUACAUGAGGCCACUGGCAAUUUGGGCAAUGCAGUGGGCAAUAUCGAAACCUACCAAAAUUCCAACCAAAGUGCUUUCUGAAAUGGAAGAAUCUGCUUUUGCCACUCAACAUGCUGCUUUCUUAAAAGUUGCAUCUCUCUUAAAGUUGCCUUCCGAGGAUGCUGCACACAGGAGUCUUGUGGAGGCUGCUUAUGAUUUCAUUUGCAAGAGGUCAGCCUAAUUCAUCAAACCACCUCUGUUAUUUGAUAUGUCGUUUUUUUUUUCAUGGAAAUAAACUGCACCAAGCAUUGUUUUGUUGUAAGAAUAAGUUACACAUUCAGUAUUGGAUAAUUGUAUCAUGUUGUAUCUAUUUUAUUUUAACAUUUCGAUAUAUUUAGGUUUAUCAAUCUUAGUUCUGUUGUUAAGUCUUACUAA